AUGCGAGAGUGGCAGAUCUCCGCGGCCCAAACGCGAGAGAGGCUUCGGGAGGUUAUUGCAGAGUUCCAGUCACAGACUGUGGAGGGUCUUCAAGAAGCGGAAAUUGCUGUCGCAGAUGCAAGGUUGCUGAACCAGCUUGCCCGGUAUGCCAAACUUUUUGCUUUGGUAGAGCUUUCGGAAGUCAUGGUUCCUUUUAUGUACUUGCUGGUUAUCGGAACGCUGCACACCGAUACCUUCGGCUACAAUCGGGAGCACUUCUUCGUUUUCGAUCAGCUGGGUGAGAGCUAUCAUGAUGCAAUGGUGAGCAGCUCCGACUGA